AUCACCUGACCGGCAAUGGAGGCUGCUGUGCUGCGCGUGAAACGUAAGCGGUGUGCAGACCCGGCGGAGGCGCUCAUUAUCAGCUGCAAGAGACCGCGGGCUGAGGAGAAGACCCCGGAGUCCGUCACCACCCAAGUGUUCAAGCUAGUGGCUACCGUCACCUCCCAGAAUGAACCGGUACAGAAGUACGUACAGGAAGCCAUAUCCCGGGACCGUGCCACCCAGGUCCACCGACCCCACAUCGGGAGCUUGCAGCGGAUCCAGAAAGAUUUGAGAGCCUGGAAAGAUGCUGAACGUCAAGAGAGCCGAUAUCGCUUAGUCUCAAGCCUUCGGCCAAAAUCUGGAGAGGGUGAUAAUAGCCAGCCUGCCAGCCCCGUGGAAGAACGCCAACAUGUACCAGAGAAGGUGGAGGCUUCCGCAAAAGAAGAUGUGGACUCCAGGACGGAUGAGACAAUCCAAGUCUUUGAUAUAGAGCAGGAGGAAGCAGAGAAGGAAGCUGUUGAUGUAAAGGCCUCUGACCCAGAAUCCAUAAUGUGUAAUUCUGUGAAGAUGAUUCGGGAACGACUGGCUGUGUCUCAGGAAGGGCAAGGCUCCGAGCACAGGGAGAACCCAGACGAGUUUGUGUAUGACAUUUACUAUGCAGAGUCGUCUCCACAGAACUGGAUCCAGGACAUUCUCUCUGUUCAGCCAUACCACUAUGAGCAGGAGCUGAUGGCUGAUGAGGAUGAGCCGCAUGAAGUCUAUGAAGAUGAGGAUGAUGAGAAUGAAGAAAGCAACUGGAGGAAUGAUUAUCCUGAUGAAGAGGAGGAUGAGGAGUGCAGUAAUCGGGAGGAGAGAUAUAUGGGUUAUUAUGAAGACGAUGAUGAGGACGCUGGCCAGGGCAGAGGACACGCAUGGGAUGCCUACCGUCAUAAAGCACUGAGAGAACUUGAAUAUGAUGAAGAGGAAUCUUCUGACUAAUUGGUAAUUGUGCUACGUUGGAGGGCAUCUCUCUGCAUUUCAAGACCAGUGUUCUGUUUUAAGAGCAAGCUUACAUCAGUUUCCUUCAGUAUAAGGCUCUGUUUACACUGGCGUCCAGCUUCUCUUGCCCCAGUGGGCAAACUUAGCCUUAAGUCAAACUUAAAAUAAAAUAAAAAUGAAACCUUAUGGAAUGAACAAUGUCAGUGUGAACAACCUAGAAGGGGUAUUCCCAUCUCAGACAUUGAUGGCAUAUGGCUAGGAUAUACUAUCAAUGUCAGAUAGGAUCGGGUCCCAGAGGUGAGACAUGAUCCUAUCUCCAGAACAGUACCCCCAAAGUGAAGGAAAGCUUGUGGCGUGCUCACCAUUCACUGCUAUCGAAGCUACAAAAAUAGUUGAGCGCACUUGGCUAUUUUUAUUUUUUUUCAAAGUCCCACAGCAGUGAUUGGAGAGCGCACUGCACAUGUGCGGGGACCCCCACCAUUCACCGCAAUGAGACCCCCAGAAAUUGUAGAACCAGCGAUUUUACAACACUCCCAUAGCGGUGAAUGGAGGGUGGCCGGACCUGCCCAGCCUCACUUCGGAGGCCCCCUUCUAGAGAUAACAGCAGCUCUGAGGUGGGACCCACACUUGUCUAACACUGAUGGCAUAUCCUAGCGAUACACCAUCAAUGUCCGAGAUGGGAAUACCGCUUUUCAUAAAGAUUUUCAGUUUUAUUUCUCUUUUUUUGUGUGUUUAUUUCAAUGUAUCUUCUGUUUAACAUGUGUAAAAAAUGUCUGUAAACUCAGAUUUUAUGUUAAUAAAUAUUCUUUACAUAAA